AUGCUGGGCGAGCAGAAAAAGCUGUCGCUGCAGGACCCGAUCUCGCGCUGGCUGCCCGAGGUGACGCUGCAACCUUCGCCCACCCUGAUGCAGGUGAUGCAAAACGUCAGCGGCAUCCCCGGCGCCAAUGCCGAGGACUCGGACCUGUUCGGCACGGUACAACAGUCUCUGGUAAACCCGCCGCCCCCGCGCGCCGACUUCAUCGCCCGGCUCAACGCGCGCGGCCUGUUUGCGCCCCCCGGUGCGGUGUACGACUAUUCAAAUGCCGGCUUCACGCUGCUGGGCAUGGUGGCCGAGCGCGUCACCGGGCAGCCGCUGCAGACCGUGCUGCAGGACAUGGUCUUCAAGCCUGCGGGCAUGGCCGCCUCCACGCUCCCGGGCGGGCGCGAUGUGCCCGGCGCCGCAGCCGGGCAUUACCGCAUCAAGACCACCGACAGCUGGCGCCUGUGCCCAGACCUCAAUGCCGGCUUUGAUGCCGCUGGCGGCGUGGUGUCCACCGCGUCUGACCAGGUGCGGUGGAACGGCGCGCUCUACAGCGGCAAGCUGCUGCCGGCGCAAACCUUGGCCCUGAUCCAGAAGCCCGCCAUGCAGGCCAAUGGCAAGCCCGCACCGGCUGGCAUGGGUGUGGCGUAUCUGGGCGGGCCUGGCAGCUACGGCGCAGCUGGGCAGACCGUGAAUUUCGCUGCUGUGAACACCCACUUCGGCAGUGGCGAUGAUGUCGUGCUGCUGGCCAACGGCUCGAACGGCGCGGGCGAUUCGGUUUACCCGCGUUUUGCGCUGGCCAUCCGCAUCCACAACCUGCUCAACCCCGGGGCUGCCUUGCCCGUGCCGGCCACCCCCCCGGCACCAGGCGCCGACGCGCUGGCGCAGCCGGGCGAAGUGACGCAGAUGUGCCGCUGA